AUGCCCAAGCUGCCCAUUGUCCCACUUUUACGACUCAUUGCUCUCGGCGUCGCGCUUUUGUUCGCGGUCAUUGUGCUUGGCCUCGCCGCAGGGCUGACUGCGACCACGGAAAAGUAUCUUGGGGGCUACUUCGAGUUUGCUGCACUGGCUAUCGCGACUGCGUCUAUCACGAUUGUCACGAUACCCGUUAUGAUUGCGUUCGAAUUCCUCCAACCGGGACGUGUAUUCACGUCCAAGAUUGCCGUGGAGAUUUCAUGGCUUUUUAUUUUGUGGGUGCUCUGGCUCGCGACAGCGGCAGACGCGACCAACGCGGCUUCAGUCAACUUCAUAUCCCGCUGUGGCGACUACUUUAGUAGCAGGAUCGAAAGUGCCUGCAGGCAAACGGCUGGUGUUCAAGCCUUUUCCUUCCUGAACUGGUUGAUCCUUAUGGCGUACACGGUAUUCAUCCUCGUUCUGGCCAUCAUCGCGCAGAGCCGCGGGCAUGCGGCAAUAAUAAGCCGGAGGAGCACCGAGUCGAUCGACGGGUACCGUCCCCCGGACUCCUUCGAGGAGGAGCGCGAGGGGGUGAACAUGGAGCCAUAUCAGCCUCAACACAUUCAUGAUCCUGGGGCUUCAGAGGGUGGAACUGGGCCUGCAUCGGUCCAAGCGGGAGCUGUGCACCAGUCGGUGUAA